AUGGGAAGUUGGGGGAGCCCCGGGCGGGGACCAAUCACGGGGCGCUGGACGCUUCCCCGGUCCGGACUGACCUUCCCCGGGCCGGAGGGGAUAAAAGAGCCUAGAGGAGGCAGCCGAGGUUUGGCUGCUGCUGCUGCUGCUGCUGCUGCGCGGUGCUGCCUCUCCUGCGCUCCGGGAAGGGAAGCGGCGAUCCAGCUCUGCGCAAGCAGCGGAGGAGAGCGGGGAGGAGAGCGCAGGCCGCGGAGGAGCUGGCGGAGGGCCGGGCUGAUCUGCGUGUGGUUGCCGAGGGCGGAGAGCAGGAGCGAGAGGCGCAGCUCAUUCAUUGCAGCAGCAGCAGGAAGCCGGCUCGGCUGCAAGGAGCCGGCAAGCGGCGUCGGCGCCCACGCGCAAUUUCCCCGCUCCAAGUCCGAGGCGGCAUCAUCGCCGGCAGCGGAGGAGAGGUAAGGAGGAUUCCGCUCGGGCUUCUUCCCCGUCGAGCAGCCGCUUCCCCUGGGCUCCGAGAGGCGUCCGUCCACCCACCCACCCGCCAGUGGGGCGGGCGACCCCUCUCUCUGCAAAAGCAGGAGGCGCAAGGGGAGAUCUGGGGCGAAGGAGGAGAGAACUGGGGGUGCGGGUGGCGAAGAUGGAGAUCUGGGAAGAGGAGGGAAGGAGGGAGGGAGGGGCGCCUCGAAAUGAUGCGGGGGAAUCGUAGAAUUGUCAAGCUGGAAGGGACCCUCAAGGAUCAACUAGUCCAGCCCCCCCUGCAAUGCAGGAAUCACAACGGGAAGCAUCCAGGACAGAUGGCCGUCCAACCUCUGCUUGAAAACCUCCAAGGAAGGAAGAAGGAGAGUUGGGGGGCGGGGGCGGGGAGCUGCAGAGCCUGGGGUUGUGAGGAGUUUUCCAUUCUGCUCUGAAGCCUUGGCCUUGGAGAUCGUUCUCCUAAAAGUAAUAAGGUCCUCUCCAGAAUGCCAUGGGGCAGGAGAGAGAAUUUGCCAAGCAAGGAGGGGAGCAGGACUCCUGAGCUUGGAGGUGAGGAGAGGUGGAGGGCCUGGAGAGGGGAGAAAGGUGAAGGCAGCGAGGAGGAGGUGGGUGGAGAAGGUGGGGAGAGCCUAGAUCAUGGGGCUGCAGCAUCUGGAAAGACAAAGUUGUGGCAUUUCAUUGGUCUGGAAUGGGGAAGGGCUGUGGCUCGGUGGCAGAGCAUCUGCCUGGCAUGCAGAACGUCGCAGGUUCAAUCCCCAACAUCUCCAGCUUUGGCUGAGAGAGACACCCUCCCUGAAACCCUGGAGCUCCACUCCUGGUCAGUGUGGGCAAGACUGAGCUAGAUGGACCAAGCAGCUGCCUCACACUGAAAGCACUUGGGGCCCCUCAGUAUGACCGAACUGGCCAAUGGAGAGUGCACAUUGAGUGAGUUUUUGUGGUAAAUCGCACAACGCAAACCAUGUUCACCUCAGCUGCCAGAAUGCAACCAGAUUUGGCAGCGGGGUGAGGCUGGCGGUGUGGCAGCUUCGUAGUUGGGUGCAGUCGCACACCCAGCUCACUGCACACUGUAUUUUUGCAUCGCUACACUCAACUUGGGUUCUCAUUGACGCCAGCGUGGUCAUGUGAACUGAGGCUCCUGUCACAGGCCUGCCAGCUGAUUCACUGUGACACCGCUUCAUAGUUUGUCCCUUCCGACCAACGGCCGAGGUGACGGUCUCAGUUGUUUCAUAGCAAGCUUCUCUGAGCCAGGAAGCGAGUACCUUUCAACUUCUCAGCAAGCGCCAGUAUGACAGAAAACUGUGUUUCUGAGUUGGCUGGCAGAGUUCCCUCAUCUCAGGGGUAUCAAUAGGAAGAGAGAGACGCAGCAGUGACAACAGCGUGCUUUGAUAAUCCUCCUGAGCUGGGCUCAAAAGAUGCCAGAAAGGAGAAUAUCCUUCUAAAAAGCAACAACUUUUGCCCCAUUAGGUGCUUGGGAAACCCACAAGCUCCAAAGCCCGUAAGGCAGCCCUUUUCCAAACGGCUGUCUCCAGUGGUCAGUCGAGCCUACCUCACAGGGUUGUUGUUGGGGUUUAAAUGAGGAGAACCAUGGAUAUGGCACCUUGAGCUCAAUGGACAAAAAGGUGGGAUAUAAAUUCAAUAAUAAAUAAAUAUAUUUUUAAAAGUUGCCUUCCAGGGAGCCUCCCCCCACCCCUGCACUCACUCCACAAACUUUGGCAUCAUCUCCUGCACACACACACACACACACACAGAGCAAGCCAAUACAUUGGGAGAGCACUGGGUUGUUGUCAAGAGUUGCUACGAGGAAGAAAAUAAAUAAAUGGGAAGUCACAUUACUGCAUGUGUUAUACUGAUUGGGAGUGCAGAGGGAGCGUAGGGAAGAUUUGUAGAUUGCUACCUUUCUGAAUUUUAAAUCUGCACAAAUUCUGGGUUUCGGAUGCAUGGAGCUGGAGCAGCCCAUUGAGGUUCCACAAAGAAAGAGGAGCAAAUGAAGCUGCCUUAUACCAUAGAAUUGUAGAGUUGGGAUGCCAAGAGUCACCAACCAGUGUGGUGUAGUGGUGAAGAGCGGUGGACUCGUAAUCUGGUGAACUGGGUUCGCGUUCCCGCUCCUCCACUUGCAGCUGCUGGGUGACCUUGGGCUAGUCACACUUCUCUGAAGUCUCUCAGCCCCACUCACCUCACAGAGUGUUUGUUGUGGGGGAGGAAGGGAAAGGAGAUUGUUAGCCGCUUGGAGACUCCUUCGGGUAGUGUUAAAGCGGGAUAUCAAAUCCAAACUCUUCUUCACGUCCAAGCUCCUGCUAAGCAGGAAUAUAAACUGAAGCCUCCACGACAGAUGGCCAUCCAAUCUCUGCUUUAAAAAACUCCCAAGGAAGGAAGAGUCCAAAUUAAAACAUUGGUUUAUCUAGCUCAGUAUUGCUUACACUGGUUCGGAGGCAGACAGUCCAGCUCAUCUGUUGUCUACACACUGCCUGGUAGCAGCUCUCUAGCUUUCAGACAUUUCCAAUCUGACCUGGAGAUACUGGGGAUUGAACCCAAGACUAUUCUGCAUGCAUGUUCUGCCACUGAGCCACAGCCCUUCCGCCAGUUUGCUUCACCAUGUCAAGAACUGUGGUUCUGAAGCUCAUAUCGUUCUGAGAGCUUCAGUUGUAAUUCUCAUUCAGUCUUUGACGUGCUGUUUAUGCCUCAAGCUUUGAAUUUCAUAACCUAUCUUCUGCCUCUUUGGGGGUCAAAGCAAACUGAUCUCCUCCCACUAUUUUUCGUGCCCAUUAAUGAUAAAUGCCUGCUCAAUAGAGUUUGGCGCAAUCUAAGAAUGUUGCAAGGCAUGCUCUUCAUUCUGUUAUACCAGGAACUUCCAGUCAAUGAAGUUGACGUCGGUCACAUUUACACAUGUUACCUUUAUAGCACUUGGAACAGUCUUGGCUUCCCCCAAAGAACUCUGGGAGUUGUAGUUUGUUAUAGGUGCUACAAUUCCCCUAGUUCCCUGGGAAGAAGGACUCACUGUUAAACCGCUCUUAUUUCCUAACAUUUCUCAACACCUUUCACAAGCUACAGCUCCCCAAAUUAUUCAGGGGAAACCAUGGUGAUUUGAAGUGGUAUCACAGUGCUUUAAAUGGGUGGUGUGAAUGUGACCAUAGAUAGCUUUGUUAGUUAAAUCAAAAUACAUAUCCUGUGUCUUUUUUGGGGGGGGGGUAAUAUUCCUUAUCCUAUCCUAGGAAACCUCAAGGGCAAUGGCCCUGAACAGAUCUUUGCCUACAAGUAGUUUAGAUUCCUGGUGUCCGGUAAAAGCUAACUUUGCAGUUUUCAGUUUCACCUGCCUUAAGGGAAGUUGUUUGCAGUCCGGACCAGAUUUAAGCUGCCCUGUUUGUUCAACCAGCUCUUCCCUCCCCGUUUUAUUAUUUUUUUUUAAAAAGGGACAUGGGGUAGUGGGGGGAGGAGAGGAAAGUUAAUUCCUAACUCUUGUGCUGAAAAUUAGGAGGCACAAGAGGUGAAAGGAUGAGGGGAGAAGUGUCCUUGCAGACUUUGUUGGGGGUUUAGGCAAUUAUUAUCUAGAGCUGCUUAAGAUUCUGCUGCACAAAGGAGGACAUUGCAGACAGUGGCUAAAUCAGCCAGAGGGUUUGGUGGGAUGCACAAGUCCUGUGAUUUUCAGAUGGAGGGCGGCUUACAAAUUUAAUAAAUAAAAUAGCAUAAAAUUAAAAGUCCAUUGUGAUGUGGGAGGUGUGAAGGAAGGUUGAGGAGUUAGUAGAGGGAAAGAGAAGGCUCUCUGGACAUCAACAUUUAAAAAAACCCCUGUAAUUAUUUAAUUUUGAAUUUAUAUCCCACCUUUUUGUCCAUUGAGCUCAAGCUGGCAUAUGCAUGGUUCUCCUCUUUCCUCAUUGAACCCCCACAACAACCCUGUGAGGUAGGCUAGACUGAGAGCAACUGGCCCAAGGUGGCCAAGUGAAGUUAACAGCUGGGUGGGGAUUUGAACCCUCGUCUCCCAGGUUCUAGUCCAGCACUCUAACCACUGUGCCACAUCUUUGCAGAUUGCAGCCCCGCCAUAGAGUGAUGCUUAAUUACUUUUAUAAUUUAGAGCAGGCAUAGGCAAGCUCCAGCCCUCCAGAUGUUUAGGACUACAAUUUCCACCAUACCUGACCAGUGGUCCUGUUAGCUAGGGAUGAUGGGAAUUGUAGUCCCAAACAUCUGGAGGGCCGGAGUUUGCCUAUGCCUGAUUUAGAGACUCCAUCGCAUGGCAGAGCUUUUAUGCUAGCUUGUCUAAAUGCAUUCCCUUCAUCUAUAUUGUUUGGAAGGUUUCAAAAAAAAUCCUCUCCCAGAACAGAUUUUGUUCCUGUAAUGAGAAAACACCAGAUACAAUACACCACAUAAUUUUGGGUUGCCCUCUUCUCAACACCCAUCAGAGAUCUCCUAGUGACUCCCUUACAGCUCAAAAUAUCGAUUUGCAGAGAGUCUGUAAUCCAAUAUUUGUUGAGGGAUGAUACUCCCGAAACUAUCAAGAUAGUCUCGUGAUACUUAGCCGAGAUUUCUAAAGCUAAAUCUAAAGUUGCCUGAUUUAUUUAAUGGUGGUUAUCUAGUCUUUUUAUUGUAUGUGUUUGAAUUAUCAAUGUAUUUGGAUGACUUUGCAUGGUUUUAUGAUUUUACUGUUUUAACUUAUGCCAAUAAAGGCUAGUUAAAACUAAGUUGCAACAACACUGCUCCAUGCUGGGUGGUGCUGGAAGGAACAUAGGCAGCUGCCUUUGGCCGUGUGAAAUCCUUGGUCCAUCUAGCUCAGUAUUGUCUGAUCUACUUAGCCAGGUGGACGAAUGUUCUGGCAGCUUUCUAUAGUCCUGCGAACUCACUGGUAAACCCUUGGUAAACCACUUUUGCUCUCAGAAAGUCUUCUUUUGGAGUUGAAGGUGCCUUUGGCUUGGCCAUACGGUUUGGGUACUGUACAGGUAUUUUGAGAACGCGUGUUUCUGAGCUACACAGAGUUGCUUGAUGAAAGCACAUGAAUAAAUACCAUUACGCUCAGUGGGGAGGGGGGACUUAGUGUUAGUUAUAAUAAUUUUUAUUUGUAUCCCGCCCAUCUGCCUAGGUUGCCCCAGCCACUCUGGGUGGCUUCCAACAAAUAUAAAAGCAUAAUGAAACAUCAAACAUUAACAGCUUCCCUAUAGAGGGCUGCCUGCAGAUGUCUUCUAAAGGUUCUGUCAACACCAACACUUUGAAUUGUGCUUGGAAACGUACUGGGAGCCAGUAUAGAUCCUUCAGGACUGGUGUUAUAUGUUCUCGGAGGCCACUCCCAGUCACCAGCCUGGCAGCCACGUUCUGGAUUAGUUGUAGUUUCCAAGUCACCUUCAAAAGUAGCCCCACGUAGAGCGCAUUGCAGUAGUCCAAGCGGGAGAUAACCAGCGCAUGUCAUAAGGUCCAAACAACACAUUAUGGGAGAGUUCUGUGGUUGAUCUCCUGCUUCUCAAAAAAAAAAAGUUCAUAAAAAACUGAGCAGCGUCAAUCUGCUGAUGUUUUUGUCUUUAUUUUAAUGCAGCUGGGCGUGGGGGUCUGAAUUUGAACAGAACUAUAGCACUGGGGAAUUAAGGUGUUUUGACACACACACACACACACACACACACCCAUGAUGUUUUCCUGGUCCAAAUUGUCCUGCUCCCCAAGCUGCAGUUAGCUUUGCAAGAUUGCAAAGUAAAACACACAUUAAAUUGGGAAUAGCCAAAGUGGCGCAUUUCAGGUGGUGUUGGGCUGGAGUUCCCAUCAUCCAUGACCGGUGGCCUUUGUGUGCAUGCACAACUUUUGUGUUGAAGAGCACCCUCUGAUAAGAAUUGUACAAUGGGCUCAGAGGGGCAACGUCUGAGUGGGCAGCAGUGUGCUUGUGUGUCCUAAUCAUUGUGCUUCUUCCUUUCCCAGCAUUCUCACCUCUCUUGGGCCUUCAUGA